CCAUGAAAGCUUUUCUGUAAAUACAAAUUAAAUGUGCGAGGGACUUUGGCGCAUUUCUGUCGAUAGAAAUUUUCAUUUUUUUCCUCCGUGUCUCUUCGGAUCUGGUUGUUGUUGUUAGUCCCACCCAAAAUGGAGCCCGUUCUUCCUUGUUGACCGAAGACCGAAGGGCUGGGCUCAACUCGAACGGGGGGACGGGUGGGUUUACCCAAAUAAUUCGGGGCUUUACCGCUUUAAACCCACUUUUGUCAAAAUUGCAGCGUGUAGCCCAAGCUGUGGUGUCCGAGAAGUAAUUUAAUGUCCAAGGUCGGCCUUACAUUGGGACUAAAUGGCUUCCCUGUCUCAGGAGAGUAGUAAUAGGUGACGCUGUGACAAGCCUGGCACCGUGCUGCCAUGGAGACCAAGCAGGAGUCUUCUCCUGUGUGGAGUCAGCCUCCCAGCAGUGAUGCAGGCAAUGCCACACAGGUGCAUUUUGAGGGUGGCACGGUGGCCCAGAUAGUGUACAGUGGCGAUCAGGCGGAUCGAGGGCAACAACAGGUGGUUUACACUGCAGAUGGGAGCUCCUAUACCUCCGUGGAGUCAGCUGAACACACACUGGUCUAUAUCCACCCUGCAGAUGGCACUCAGACGGUAUUUGCUGACCAGCCCCAAGUGGCUUACAUUCAGCAGGAUGGUACGACUCAGCAGGUCACUGUUCUGCUGCCCAGUGGGCAGAACAUGAACGCCGCCAACCUGCAUGUCCUCAGUAAUGUAGCAGAGGCUCCUCAAGCCAUCCUGGAACCAGUUUCACAGGAGCAGCUAUCGGUGUCCAACUCACUCACCUCCAUGGCUGACAUCGCGGACCCACCCACCAGUCCCCUCGGGGCCACAGACUCCACAGAGGACUCUGAGGAAGACGAUGAUGAAGACUCUGAGUUGGACGACUGGGAACCUCGUCAGCCUCAGUCGUUCACCCCCCAUAACCUCUGGUGUGAGGAGUGUAAUAACGCCAACCCCUCAGUGUGUCUAAAGCACGGGCCCCUGCACCCCAUCCCCAACCGUCCGGUGGUGUCCAAGGCCCGGGCCAGCCUUCCUCAGGUUCUCUACAUCGAUCGCUUCCUGGGAGGGGUUUUCUCCAAGAGGCGCAUCCCCAAGCGCACCCAGUUUGGCCCUGUGGAGGGGCCACUGGUGCCACAGAGUGAACUGCAAGACCACUACAUUCACCUGAAACUGUGCGUGCUCGAUGCAGACAAAGACGGAGAGAAGUCCGAUGACAUGUGGGUGGAUCUGUCGGAUGAGGACAGCUGUAACUGGAUGAUGUUUGUGAGACCAGCCCAGAACCACCUGGAGCAGAACCUGGUGGCCUACCAGUAUGGCUCCGAGAUAUUUUACACCACCAUCAAGAACGUCCAGCCCAAGCAGGAGCUGAAGGUGUGGUACGCAGCAUCAUAUGCAGAGUUUGUCAAUCAAAAAAUCCAUGAUGUAACUGAGGAGGAGAGAAAAGUCUUGCGUGAACAAGAGAAAAACUGGCCUUGUUUCGAGUGCAACCGACGUUUUGUGAGCUCCGAGCAGCUGCAGCAGCAUCUCAACAUGCACGAUGAGAAGCUGACCUCCGUCACCAGAUCCAGAGGCCGAGGCCGAGGCAGAGGCAGAAAGAGAUUUGGGACUGGCAGACGACCGGGACGCCCGCCUAAAUUUAUACGUUUGGAGCCGCCAGUGGACACUGGUGGGGACAAGACAUCGGAGAUGCUGGGACUGGUGGGGAAGCAGCCGCUGGAGGAGCGGAGCGAGGCGGCUCAGAACGGGCUGAAGGUGGUGGAGCUGGAGCCGGAGGCGGAGGUGGGAUCGGAGGCGGAGAGCCAGCUUCUGCCCUCUGCAGGGGAGCCCAUCCCAGAGCCGGCCACCCCGCCCUCCAGCGCAGAGCUCCCCGUCCCAGUGAAGGAGGACCCGGCACAGAGCAGCCAAACGGACGCCCACCUCACCUCUCAGGACAUGCGCCGCGCCAAGAGGAUCAGGAUGGAUGUGCAGAACGCAGCGCUGCAGCACCUCUUCAUCAGGAAGAGCUUCCGUCCUUUUAAGUGCACCCACUGUGGCAAGGCUUUCCGGGACAAGGACAAGCUGGAUCAGCACCUGCGGGUCCACGGCCGCGACGCUUACGCCUUUUCCUGCCACAUCUGCAGCAAGAGCUUCUUGAGCGACUCGGCCUUGGAGGACCACCUGGUGCUGCACACGGAGCACCGCUCUUACUCGUGUCUCUUGUGCCCCGAAACCUUUGAAAGGCUGGACCUGCUCAAAGACCACGUGGGGGUGCACGCGGUGGAGGGAUGCUUCACCUGCCCCUCCUGCAAGAAAACCUUCACUGACUUCAUCCAGCUGAAGAAACAUAUCCGCUGCUUCCAUUCAGAGAAGAUUUUCCAGUGCCCAGACUGUGAGAAGGCCUUCUGCCGGCCCGACAAGCUGCGUCUUCACAUGCUGCGCCAUUCUGAUCGCAAGGACUUCCUGUGCUCGACGUGCGGCAAACAGUUCAAGAGGAAAGAUAAGCUGCGGGAGCACAUGCAGCGCAUGCACAACCCGGACAGAGAGGCCAAGAAGGCGGACCGCGUCCACCGCUCCAAGACCCUCAAACUGAAGGUCCCCACCACCGACUUUGAGAGCUUCAUGUUCAAAUGCAGAGUGUGCAUGAUGGGAUUCAGACGCAGAGGAAUGCUGGUGAAUCAUUUGUCCAAGCGUCACCCAGAGAUGCGUAUUGACGAUGUGCCUGAGCUCACCCUGCCAAUCAUCAAGCCCAACAGGGAUUACUUCUGCCAGUAUUGUGACAAGGUCUAUAAGAGUGCCAGUAAAAGGAAAGCCCACAUACUGAAGAAUCACCCCGGGGCCGAGUUACCCCCCAGCAUCCGAAAAUUAAGACCAGCUGCGCCUGGAGAGCCGGACCCCAUGCUGAGCACCCACACCCAGCUGACCGGCACCAUCGCCACUGCGCCAGUCUGCUGCCCACACUGCGCCAAGCAGUACAGCAGCAAGACUAAGAUGGUGCAGCACAUCAGGAAGAAGCAUCCAGAGUUCGCCCAGCACGCCAACACCAUCCAGGCCCCGCUGACCACCGCCGUCAUCAGCAGCACGCCUGCCGUCAUCAGUGCAGAUGGCACCACGGCCGAGGCUGUGGUGACCACAGAUCUGCUGACUCAGGCCAUGACAGAGCUGUCCCAGACACUGACCACAGAUUACCGCACGGCCCAGGGAGACUACCAGAGGAUCCAGUACAUCCCCGUCUCCCAGGCAGGAGGCGGCCUGGCCCAGCCUCAGCACAUCCAGCUGCAGGUCGUCCAGGUGGCUCCGGCUUCCUCCCCGCAUUCCCAGCAUCCUACGGUGGAUGUGAGCCAGCUGCAUGACCCUCACGGCUACAGCCAGCACUCCAUCCAGGUGCAGCACAUCCAGGUCACAGAGCCCACAGGCACCGGCCAAGGUGCCGCCCAGGUCACAGGUCAGCCUCUAAGCCCCACCUCCCAGCAGGCCAGUCAGGAGCUAAGCCCCGCCCAGCUGACCCCAGUGACCUUAGCCCAGAGCCACACCCUGCAGACCAGCGGCGCCCAGCAGCAGGGGACGGUGCAGCACGCUUACAUCCCCGGAAACUGGAACUACCGAGGUUACCCGUCUGAGAUCCAGAUGAUGGCUCUGCCUCACACUCAGUAUGUGAUCGCUGAGGCCAGCACGCCCGUAUCCGGAGUCAACAGCAGCCAAGUGAAGACGACACAUUAUGUCAUCUCCGAGGGUCAGACGGAGCUGGAGGCCAAGCAGGUGACCGUACCUCAGAGCGCCACCCAGAGCCACAGCGAGCACCUGGAGCAGCAGCCGACCAAUCAGCAGGCCACCACGCAGUACAUCAUCACCACGACCACCAACGGCAGCGGCACCAGUGAAGUUCACAUCACCAAACCCUGACCUCUGACCUCUUCCCCAGAGAUUUAAAACUCUCCCACAGACUGACCCUGCAUGUCGUCCCUGAACAGCCUGAACGCACACGAACGAGCAAACACACACUCACCGCACACACACACACACACACACACACACACCAAUACAGGACCUGUGUACAUACGGAAACUCAAGAGGAGACCAGCACAGUUUUAUGUGUCUGUUACAGCGUCGAGACGUCGGAUGAAUUGUUGGUUUUUUUGUAAGCUGCCAGGACUUUCUGAGGAAAAACUAAUUUAGUCGGCAAAAAAAAAAAAAUAAUAAAAAAAAUGGGAACUUUUCAUUUUGAAGCAGAACAUGUGCACAAUGGGAAGCUGAAAGUGACAUUUAAAAGUGUUACAAUUUUCUGGAAAAACUUUCACUGAGACCAAAAGCUCACCUGCUUUCAGAGUUUUUAGGUGUGGAAAGUGUGGAAAAGUAAGACAAAUAAUAAUAACUGAUGAUGUCCAGGGCUUCAAAAAUAUUGAAAAGUGGUAAAGCUUUUCAGUCCUUGUGCAUAUUUACAGUACCCAUUUUUAUACAAUUCUAAACUUCAUUUUUUCCCCCUUUAAAUUAUAUUUGUAGGUGAAGGAUAAUCCUCAUGUGUCCCUGUGGUUACUUGACUGUCCGUCCAGCCGCUGUGAGUGAGCAUCAUGUUGAACACCAAUCACAAUCCACACGAGUCACGAAAUGAAGGACUGGAGAAAAAAAAAAAAAUGAAGACAGUCAGAAAUGGAAAAUGAGAGUCCAACAGUUGCCAUUCCACAACUGAGCUCAUCAUGUUUUUACCCGGGACGGCCCCUCACCAUGUUGCUCAUGUUGUUGAUGUUUCCUUUUUUUAGUUUCUGUGACAUAAUGUUUUAGACGUUUCUGUUGUAGACGUGUGUUUGGAUGCUGGAUCUUCCUGAUUUCCCCAAGUUUCAGAAUGAUUCCUGUAAACCUCAGUUGGUUUUUUUUGUUUUUUUUUUUAACAGCCCACCCACACUGGCAAUGGAAUUGAUAUUUUUGGUUGUUCACAGCUAAUUUUCAGUUCUGAAUGUUUCACACUUCCUUUGGUUUGACAAGGAUUGGACAUGAACAUGAGACACCUGGAUGUUUUUUUUGUUGUUGUUUUUUUUGUUUUUUUGUUUUUUUUUUUUUUAAAGCAAAUCAUCAAGCUCAACCAUACAGACCGGCAUCGUAACACGUUACAUUUCAAAAGGGAUAACAUUCAUUUUGUCUCACGUUUUUGAUUUACUCACAUUUUUUUUUUUUUGUUGGUUAUUUUCCUCUUCUUCACAAGGCACGUGUCAAACUACGGAAAACAUUUCUACAUGUGUCAAAUGUCCCAUUUUAGAGACACGCGAUGACAAAGGCAGAAUAUUGUGUGUGUUUUUGAGGAGAAAAUGAUUGAACUAAAAUGAAAAAAAAUGUUAUGAUACAUCAGUUAAAAAAAUGUUUGAGUAUUAUCACAGGUUUACAACUAAAGAGCUUAGGAGCUAGAAAAGACACUGUGCAUUAUGGUAACAUGGGUAACACUUGAUAAUGGCUGUAAUCCAUUGUAUUAACCUGUGGAAAAGUAGUGCAAGUACAUAACAGUGUUGGUGCGUAAUGGCAACCUUCAGUAAUUUAGGAUACGAAAACAAAAAUUCGGCAAAACUGUCAUAAAAAGGGAAAACUUCCUCAGCGGUAACGCAGCGGGAGAUGGUUUUGGGCAAGACGCUGAAGCGCCAGGGCUGCUGCUCUAUCCCUGACCUCUGACCUCUGACCUUUUGACCUCUUUUGGGAUCCAUAAAAAACUCUAGUUGGAGGUGCUGGUCCUUGUUUUAGUUCAUUCGGUUCCUAAACCUGUACUUCAGAUUGCGUCAGGCACUCAGGCUCGUGCACGCGGUUAUGUACUUCCAUGACUUUUCCAUUUCUGAAAUACAUGUGACGGAGGCUGUUGUGAAGUGUUUUUAUUUGUCUGCACCCCCCCUCAGAGGACAGUGCGCCUACACUGUUAUUUAUUAUAUGGUCUGUGACAGCGGACGUGUACAAUGUAAAAUAGAGCCAGGAUGUUCAGAGAGAUAUUUCCUCAUGUACAGCGAUUCUCCUUAUUGUUGCCGAUGACUUUGUCCUUUUGUCCAUGUAUUGAAAAAUUAAAUUCUUUUCUAUCUGUA